AAUCAUAACGAUAAUACUGUUACAAUAAUUAUCAAUCCUGAACAAAUUAAAAGUUGUGUACAAGAACACUUAUACCAAUGGACAGAAGAUACUAUUUAUAAUCCACUAAUAGCAACAAUAUAUGAAGAGGAAAUCAUCAGAGUUAUUAAACUCAUGAGUAAUAAUAAAGCUUCAGGACCAUCAUUAAUACCUUAUGAAGUGUUUAAACACUUAGAAGAGAAUGGCAUCAAAUUACUUUGCUUACUUUAUAAUAAAAUAAUAGAAAUCGGAGUAGUCCCUAAUGACUGGAUAAAUAGUAAUGUAACACUAAUACCCAAGCCUAAAGAUUGA